UCGGCUUCAACAUGAAGCGGGUGCAACGGGGGCAUGUGACACUCAAGUGUUGGGACUUGGGUGGCCAACCCCGCUUUCGACCAAUGUGGGAGAGGUACUGCCGCAACGUUAACGCCAUAGUCUUUAUCGUCGAUAUCGCCGACCUAAGCCUGCUCCCCGUGGCCCGCGAAGAGUUGCAUUCACUAAUGAGCCAGCCGACCCUCGAGGGCAUUCCGCUGCUCGUGCUCGGCAACAAGUCAGACUUGCCCAACAAGCUCUCGGUCGACGAGCUGAUCGACGCCAUGGACCUCAAAAACAUCGCACACCGCGAGGUCUCAUGCUACGGAAUCUCGGCCAAGGAAGAGACGAACCUCGAGGCCGUCCUGCAAUGGCUGAUGAAGUAUGCCAACAGGUGAAUGCGUCGUCGCCUGCUACGUACGAGCUCGGUCGCAUCUUGAUUUGAGUACCACAACUUUGGCGGAUCGGUUCGCAUGGUGGUUCGGCGACUCGGCUGGUUUUGCGCUGCAGCCUGGGUUUCCGGCGUUAUUGUUUCCGUUUUUUCUCUUUUAAUCUCGUCCAUGCGUUGUUCUCGGGGGAAGAUUCGAUUAUCGGCCGGCGACGACCAACUCUUCUUUCAACAUCGCUUCCUUCCUUUUCGUCCGAGUGGCAUUGGAAGCCUAAGGCGCAGUCAGCCUUUUAUUUUUACAGGAAGGCCGUGCUUUCCCAUCAAGAACGGGGAAACCGGACCCUUCUGGAGAGAUGAGACUCGAUGCUUCCCGCGGUGGAUGAGCUCAGACUGGAGCCGCAAGGCCAGACAUUGGGUUGGCAAUACGUACUACGAGUGGCGCUUGCCACUCGCAGCCAUGAGCGAGGAAUGGGAAAUAUGAGGGCAUUUCAGAAAGGGUCGUUCUGAAAUACGUUUCUGGUGCGGAGAAAACGUGUAAGUGAGAGGGCGAGCUUCUGGUGCUGUGAGGCGCGCGGGCAGUUUGUAUUUCGUUUCAGUGACUCUCACUCUCGACAGUCGGUUUCGAUAAUGAAUGAUGAACAAUUGUCAAGACAAGUGAGAU